AUGAGGUUCAAGAGGAAAAAAGAUCUGAAGGAGCAAAUCCGUGAGCUGCAGUCCAUCAUUCACAUCCAAGAACAAGGGAGGAAGCUCCGCACCCAAGGGAGCGAAGAGGCCGUGCGCAAGAACAGGGAGCUGAUCGGCUUCCUGCGUACCACGCUGCAGGGAGAGAUGCAUGAGCUGAAUCUGGGGCUGAAGUAUGACCACGUCACGAUCAGCAGGGCCUGCCUGGACAGGAAGCGGCUGAAAAUCGCUUUGGCAGAAUACACUGUGGAGCAAGCUCGAGAGUCCCUGAGCAAACGGGUCUUCGACCGGAUGAACACCCACAACAUCCUCUUGUACGAAGUCAAGCGCCGGGGGAAACGCCUGGAGGAGCUCCAGGUGACACUGCAGGACCUCAUCGACCUGGAGAUGGCCAGUCCUGAGGUCCAGCUCCAGCUCCAAACCAUCCGUCAGCUGGAGAACAACAUGGAGAAGAUGCAGGUGAACAUUGUGACGGCAGACAAGGUCCACAUCCUGUACGUGAAGAUGCUGGACGUGCUGAGAGCUGAGCUUUCUCAGCUUCCUUUUGUCCUGGACACCUUGGCGCGCCGGGUGGGCACCUACCAGAUGGAGCUGCAGGGGAUGGACCUGAUGGCAACGGAUAUGCGGGAAGCCACGGAGGCCGCCAAGAUGGACAUGGCCAAGGCUGAAAAUGAGUUAAUUGCGGAGAAGAAAUUCCGGGAAAACUCGCUCAGUAUCCAGAAGAAGCAGAUAGAGCGGAUCCGCGCGAAGGAUGCCGGUGAGAGGCACCGUCGGACGCAAGCCCGGCGAGACAUGGACUUCCCUGCCCUGAUGAUCCGUGAAGGAACAAGGGGGGCAAAGCUGGAGGCUUCCAAGGCCCAGAUUGAGUACCAGGGUCUAGUGACCAGCGAGGUGGAGAAGAUCAAAAGUGCCGUGCAGUGCUCACAUCUCUGGGAUAUUGCUGGGCGCUUCAUGGCCCAGAAGAAGUCUGAGGAGAACCUUCAGCAGCAGAUCGCCGAAUCAGAGAAGAAGCGACGAGGCCUCAAGUCCCAGCUGAAGGCUCUGGAGCUGCAGCGAGCUGAGCUGACAUUCCACCAGUCCCCAGGCUUCCUCAGCUCAAAGAAGCUAGAAGAGAAUCUGCGGAAGAACCUGGAGGAGGAGGAGGAACGGCUUUCACGGGUCCAUGACCAGGCCUCCAAAAACCAGGAGCUUCUCCUCCAUUUUGAGAAUGGGGUCGACAACCUGAUCCUCAGGCUGUGUGACAUCCGUGUGCCUGGCCAGGAGGGCUUCCCCAAGACGGAGGAUGUCUUCGAGAAGCUGCAGUUUUGUGAAACAAAACUUCUGCAUUUGAGCCGCAUUAUGCUCGAUUUGCCCACCGACAGAUUCAGCCCAGACGAGAGCGACGAGACGUUUGUUCACCUCCGGAAUUUCCUUGAGGAGAGCACUGGGGAUGAAGAGCAGAACCUGAGAAUCGCUUUCAAUGAGGACGAAGAGGAUGUCCGAGAAGCCUUUCACUUUGCGGACAUCGACCACAGCUACGUGCCCAGUCGGGAGGAGAUCAAGAAGGAGGGCCUGAAGCUGAUUGAGGAGAAGACCAAGGUGACUAAGAAAAAGCAGAGAGGGGCCAAGAAAUGAGAGUUCCAAAAACUUGGCGGCCCCUAUUUCUCGGAUAUGGAGAUUUGACUCUAUCCUCUAUUUUUUAAUCUGUAUUUGUUUAAAAUGACAUUGAACGUGCUUUAAACACGCCUCCUAUGGAAUGUGCAAAAGAGAAGUCUUCCCAUGUUUCCAUAAAUUGAGAAUAAAGGC